AUGUUACCGUCGCCAUCACCGGCGACUCUUCUCUCUGCAAACACAAAUUUAGUUGUGGCGAGUACCGGAGAAGAUAAGAAGAUAUCCCUGUGGAGGAACAAUAGGCAGGGUUUAGGAACAGUUCCAGUUACUGGCAAGGACGGUGGUGAUAGUGGCGAGGAAUGUUUAUCGGCUAUCAGCUUCAGCAGAAAAGGGUCCAGCUUGAUGGCCAGCUUUAUCCAUAAGAAUCACAACCCAACCCUAGAUAACCACUUUAUUGCAUCAUCAUACUUAUCAAAGCCCUUACGCUUAGCUGAUGUAACUGUGGAGUUGGUUGCCACCCAUCUCGCCACCCGACGCAGCCCCACUGUCAAAACUUUCAAAUCAUUCUGCAGUGUAGCGGAUGCAGCUGUGGUACUGGAAGCAAAGAACAUCGAUAAUGGAUCAUCGUUUACACGUUAG